AUGAGAGACCCCAUUUCAUUAGACGACUUAACCUCUAAUAAUUUGGGCACAUUUAAGAAAAUCAACACUUCAUCUCUUCCAGUGAAAUACCCUGAAUCAUGGUAUAAGGACUCAUUAAAUAAAGACCAGAUUAUAUCUUUGGGCUACUACAGGGAGCUCCCAGUAGCAGGGAUCAAGUUGAAAACUAUUAGUACUCAACAUAACAUCAAUUGCUUUGAGACUGGAAUCCAACAGCAAUUGAACUCCAAAAUUUUACCCAAUGCAGUUUAUAUCGAAAGUUUUGCUGUGUUGAAACCUUAUAGACAUUUGGGUAUCGGAUCCAAGUUAUUGGACUUUGCAAUUGAAAAGACUAAACAGCAUUUUGUUCACGAAAUAACUGCUCACGUUCAUGUUGAUAACCACGAGGCUUUAGAUUGGUACUUGAAGCAUGGGUUCCAAAAGGAUGAAAAUGUCCUUAAAGAUUACUUUAAGCAACAAGGCUUACCUAAUCCAGAUGCCUAUAUAAUACGGAUGAAAGUAUAA